GGCGCAUUAUCAGGGAGCUGGAUCAGAAGAGGAGCAAGCUGGUACUCGAACCGGUACCCAUAUGGGAUGCCAGCAUUGAAGGCCACAAACAGGUAGUUGGAUCAGAAGAGGAGCAGCUGGGACAUCAACCGGCACUGCUAUGGUAUGCCAACGCUGCAGGUGGAGGCUUAGCCCACUACGCCACAGCUCCAGUACCUUGAAACACCUUCUAAUUCAUUGCCUGAGAACUACUUUUUAAACAGGUGAGCAGCCAGGGGUUGCAGGUCCCAGCAACAGAGCACCUUUGUGCUCCUUUGCUCCGUGGAGGCAUUGCACAGCCUGACUCUCACUCCUGACUGAAGCACCUCAUCCCGGGUCCAAGAGGCUGAGAUCUGUGUGCUUGGAGCAGCCCCAGGUGCCCGCCCCUUCCUGGCUCCGCCCAGCAUGGGAAGACAGUCCACUACCUCUGUGCCUGCCAAUGCUGCUGCUGCUGCUGCUGCUGCUGCUGCCGCUGCCACCACUGGGACCUGGGCCGGGACACACAGCGGCCUCCAGGAGGUCACAUGUGCACCGGCGUGGGAUUCUGGACCUGGCAGGGACUGUGAGUUGUGUCGGCACCCGAAGCCCCAUGGCCUAUGUCGACUACGGCUGCUUCUGUGGCCUGGGCGGUCACGGCCAGCCCCGCGAUGCCGUUGACUGGUGUUGCCACCGCCAUGACUGCUGUUACGCUCGUGCCGAGGAGGCCGGCUGCAGUCCCAAGAUGGAGCACUACCCCUGGGAGUGUGUCGGUCAGCAGGUCCUGUGUGGACCCACAGAGGACAAAUGCCAGGAACUCGUGUGCAAGUGUGACCAGGAGAUUGCCCACUGCUUUGCCCAAAAUGAGUACAACUUAAAGUACCUCUUCUACCCCCAGUUCUUGUGUGAGCAGGACUCGCCCAAGUGUGACUAGCCGGACUGGAAGUGUUCGCUUGCACAGGAAAUAAAGGUCCUUUUCACCAGGAACAACAGCAUUCCGUUCUUUACUGGAGGCGACUGGGGCCACGAGAUAAAGCGGCAGCCCUGCUGUUUGCUUUCUCUCCCCAUCCUGGAACCCCGCCCGAGCCUGCACUCAUCCGGGGAAGGUCAAAAGUCCUGUGCCUGUUUCACAAAACCACUGUG